GGGAGUGGAGCAGCCGCCGCGGGACCGACCGGACCGAGCCUCGCCGGCGCACCUGCCCGCAGCGCCCGCGGAGCGGCCCGAGCGCGACCACCUCCCGGAGCGGCGGCCGAGGCGGCUGAGGCGGCGGGGUGCGGGUGCGGCAGGCGGGACGCGGCGUCGAGAUCUGUUUCUUUGAGGUGGCAUUGAAGAGCGCUAAGAUCAGAAGAUGAGUGAACUUGACCAGUUACGGCAGGAGGCCGAACAACUUAAAAACCAAAUUAGAGACGCUCGGAAAGCAUGUGCGGAUGCAACUCUCUCUCAGAUCACAAACAACAUCGACCCAGUGGGAAGAAUCCAGAUGCGCACCAGGAGAACGCUGCGGGGGCACCUGGCCAAGAUCUAUGCCAUGCACUGGGGCACGGAUUCCAGACUUCUCGUCAGUGCCUCGCAGGACGGGAAGCUGAUCAUCUGGGACAGCUACACCACCAACAAGGUCCACGCCAUCCCUCUGCGCUCCUCAUGGGUCAUGACAUGCGCAUAUGCGCCUUCUGGGAACUACGUGGCCUGCGGUGGCCUGGAUAACAUCUGCUCCAUUUACAAUCUGAAAACUCGCGAAGGGAAUGUGCGUGUGAGUCGGGAGCUGGCCGGACACACAGGUUACCUGUCCUGUUGCCGUUUCCUGGAUGACAAUCAGAUUGUCACCAGCUCUGGAGACACCACCUGCGCUCUGUGGGAUAUCGAGACUGGCCAGCAGACGACCACAUUCACUGGACACACCGGGGAUGUCAUGAGCCUUUCUCUCGCUCCGGACACCAGGCUGUUCGUCUCUGGUGCUUGUGACGCUUCAGCCAAACUCUGGGACGUGCGAGAAGGGAUGUGCCGGCAGACCUUCACCGGCCACGAGUCCGACAUCAACGCCAUCUGCUUCUUUCCCAACGGCAACGCCUUUGCCACUGGCUCGGACGACGCCACCUGCAGGCUGUUCGACCUCCGCGCGGAUCAGGAGCUCAUGACCUACUCCCACGACAACAUCAUCUGCGGGAUCACCUCCGUCUCCUUCUCCAAGAGCGGGCGCCUCCUCCUCGCCGGGUACGACGACUUCAACUGCAACGUCUGGGAUGCCCUCAAGGCCGACAGGGCAGGUGUCUUGGCUGGGCAUGACAACCGCGUCAGCUGCCUGGGGGUGACGGACGACGGGAUGGCCGUGGCGACGGGAUCCUGGGACAGCUUCCUCAAGAUCUGGAACUAACGCCAGCAGCAGCAGGUGGACGCCGCGGGGACUGGGAGGCCCUUCCAGCCUGGGAGCGUCACGGUGAUAGCAUUUCCCACCCACCCACUAACGCGGACGCCCUGCACCCCCUCCGGACUUCCAAAGGGCAAGAUCUUCUCCCUUCACUAUUGCCGAAACCAAGAGCACAAUUCCCACUGAGAGCAGAGCCUCCGUGCUGUAAACUAAGCAAAUCGUGUGCAUUCCUGCGGGACCACUGUUCUUGUUUCUUCUUGUUCCUUUGUUUUUUUUUUUGUCCUGAAUGAAUUGAAAAGGAAAUACAAUAAUAAAAACGUUAACCAGAAGGUAAACUUGAGUGUAAUUGUGAGACAGACACACCUUUUCACUCAUUUCUUUGGAGUCAAGAUGAGUGACCCUGUUUGGUGAUGUUUAGGCAGAACCGGCUGGGGCUGCAUCUUGUCAUGGACUCUGAACUGCAGAUGGUGUUUGUAACAGGAUUUUGCAAACCUUCGCAUUUCUUUCUUAACAUGUAUUCCUUUCUGUUCCGUAGUUAAACAGAGAAAGAGGGUCUAGUGCAGCCUCUCUGCUGUUGUUAACGAUGUACAUUUAGUCCCUAGAUUUUUUACUUGGCGUCUAGUGUCACGUGAUGGUUGCGCACGAACACGGCCGAGGAGGAGGAGGAGGAUGCUGAGAAGCCGAGGCUCUCACGCUCUGCGGACGCCCGUCAGGCACCUCUUCGUCCCGCCCAGCCGGCCCGGCCCUCUCUGCCCUCUAGCUCAGCUUUUAGUCUCACCUGGGGUCUCCUGGCGACAGUGGGGGCGUCGAACAGGAGCGCAUCAUGACCCCGAGUCCCACCGCAGCCAUCAGGAGUCUGCCAGAGAGGUGCCCGUCUGUGCUUGGAUAGUCGGUCCGUUAUCUGUGUAUGAAGCAGUGUACAAAUUAAUGUUUUGAAAAUAAUGAUCUCAAACUUUCUAAGUUAAAUUUUAAAAAAGUUGAUCGUUUGCCAUAUUGGGUGGGUUUACUCUUAGAAUCGCAUGCUGUAGAAAUGCUCAAAAGUGCAUACAGGACUCAGUCCUUAGAUGUUCCUUUUCUUUUAAGAAAUAACCUCUUGAAAAUUGUAACCGUUGCAGCUCUGUCCACUUAGCGCUGCUCCUCUGUGCACACGCAUCGCAUCGGAAGCCGUGCAGUUAGCGGCUCCACACGCUCGAGCAGCGGGAUAAGUCACUGUUUUCUUUCUUUCUUUAAAAAUCAAGUCCUGUUCCAAGCGAUUGCUGUCGGAUUGGGGCGGAGGGUGCGGGGAUCGAGACCUCAGCCUCGCGCUGUGAGUUCUGCACGGCCUGGCUCUCCCUGGGAACCAGCCUCUGGCAUCUGAGGCCAACCCUUUCUAACAAGCGGACCUCCCUGGUUUGGGGUCGGGCCCAGGGUUGAGCAGCAGCGUCUGGACAGCGGCCGGCCUCCCCCUGCACCCGAGCGCUCCCGCAGCAGCAGCAGCAGCGGCUUCUCCAUCCUGUGUUUGCAACAUCCUGUGCAAACUGCUGGCGCGGUUGGCCUGGGCCUGCGGCGGGUGGGACGCGCCCCUCCCCUCUCGGCGCCUCCGUAGAGCUCUCUGCACCCUGCCCUUCUCCUUUUGUAUUUAAUUUUUAAGUCCGUGUACUGCCAGGAAGCUGGAUGCGAGAUAGAUCCUAUAUCCAACUGUACUGUUAUUUAAGAUGUAAUAAAGCAGUUUGACAUGA